AUGAGCGCGACUUCCACCGAUGCGGACGCCUCGCCCACCGGCGGCCUCGCCAACGCCUCAGCUACGGGCAGCUACCUCUCCGCCAUUACCACCAUCGUCUACCAGACCGUCAGCAACUCCGAAGUAGAGGUCAUCACGACCACCAGCUACUCGGGCGCCCCGCUCCCCACAGGCGCAACACAACAUGCCAAAUCCUCGAUCCCGGUCGCUCCGAUCGCAGGCGGGGCAGCGGGCGGGGUCGUGCUCGCCGUCGCGGUCGUAGUCGCUUGGGUAUGGUGGGGCAAGUGCAUAAAGCGGAAGACGGUGAAGGAGCGGCAGGAAGCGCUGGCGAGGCUGCAGGUCCGGGAGAACACCCGGAAGAACGCUUCUUCGGGCUCGUUCACCUCAAACCCCAAGUCCUCCCGCGCGGCGCGGCGCGAAAAGAAGGUCUCCUUCGCGAGCACGCCCUCGUCGACGGCGUCCACGCUCAAGGGCACCGUGCGCGACCCGAAGGACGACGACCCCUCCGAGAAGAUGCUGCAGUCCCACUUCGAGCCUCCGCCACCGUCGUCCAAGGGCCCUACUAACGCACACAAGCCUGUCCGCCCUAGCCCGCUCGGCCGCGCGAGCUCGCGGAACGAGCAGUCGCCGCUGUUGCCCGUGUCUCGCUCGCCUUCAUCACGCCCGGCGACCCCUCCACAGAGCCCCUUCAAGGAUAGCGCGGCACCUACGCUUCCCCGCCGGCGGUCUCAAGACUCUGCGCCACCCAAGGCUGCGCGUCGACCGUCUCAGGACUCAGCGACACCCUUCCCCACGAAACCAGCACCGCUCACCAUGCCCACGCAGAUCGCCCCGCCUACUCAGACUAACCGGACGCCGCGACCAAGCCCCAGCCAGUCACCCAGCCCGAGCUCGCCCGUGCAGCCCUUCCUCAAGCGUCCAAUCACGAACCGGCAAGUGACGCACAAGGCCUCCGCGGCGAGCUCGAUGUCGGCCUACUCGACCGAGAGUGGGGAGGAGCGGCAGAAGCGGGUGUCGACGAGCCUCGUCAUGGCCGCGCUCGGGCACAUGGACCCGCGGCGGUCGUGGCUCGGGAACUACCUCCCACUGAACCGGCGCAGCCGCGCGGCGGACGACCUCGAGCAGAGCCGCCUGUCGACGAUGAGCGCGGCGUCCGCGUAUUCGCAGCCGGAGGCGGAGGCGGAGGCGGACGAGCAUGUCGGGUAUGCGUAUGGCGGCGAGGAGAGUGCGGAGAGUUAG